AUGAUAACAUUACAUCGAAUCUCUUGCUUUACUUGUCGACAUGUACGAUCUGUUAUAUUCACUCGGGCGAUUCAUAUUGAACCUGAUUCAAAUGAAAAAAUUAUACCUCUAUCAAAAUUUGAUUUAAGUAAACCAUUGAUUGGACGUACUAGUGCUGAACAUACUGCUAUUUCAUUACUUCGUCCGGACAUGCCUGCCGAUUCUGAACUACUCAAAGUAGCUAUUAUUGGAGCACCGAAUGCCGGUAAAAGUACAUUUGUUAAUCGUCUCAUGGGUUGGAGAAUUUCAUCUGUUUCCAAACGACCACACACAACUCGGCAUCGAACAACAGGAGUUUUGACUGAUGCUAAUAAACAAAUUGUUUUUCUUGAUACACCUGGUUUUGUAGCACCAUGGAGAAAAAAACGACAUAAUCUAGAAAAAUCUAUGAUUCUCGAUCCUCAUUCAUGUUUAUGGGAUGCUAAUUUGAUUUGUGUUGUACAUGAUGUUUCUAAUCAUUGGCUUCGUUUUAAACUCGACGAAGAAAUACUCAAAUGUCUUUAUGCUCAUCCCGAUAAAGAAGCUAUUCUUAUUCUUAAUAAAGUUGAUUCUAUAAAACGUAAACGUAUGUUACUUGAUGUUACAACUGUUCUUACAGAUGGUUCACUUAAUGGAAUUCCGUAUCGUCUUGAUUCUCCAUAUCAUCGUAAUGGUGAACUUGAUAUGGAACGUUUAUUUCUUAAAACAGCUCAUGAAAUGAAUAUACCAUUACCUAAAACAGAAAAUGAUAUUAAAAGAGAACAUCUUUUAACUGAUAUGAAAGAAUAUGAAAACAAAUUAUUAAAUAUUCAAUUAGAAAAUGUUAACCUUGAUUUAGAAGAAAAUCAACUUAAAGAAUUAAUAUCUCAACAUGAAGAAAAAGGUUUAACAUUAGAACAACUUUCAGAUGAUAUAUCUUCCCAUAUACCAUAUAAAUCGAUGAAUGAUAUUAAUCCAUUUGAAUUUAAAAAAGAUCUAAUAGAAACAACAAAUUGGCAUUUAUAUUAUAAAAAAUUAUCACAAAUUCGUUUAUUUACAAGAGAUCGUUCAACAUGGCCAUAUUUUAAUCAAGUUUUUAUGAUUUCAGCUAAAAAAAAUCAAGGCAUAGCAGCUGUUCGAAAAUAUCUUUUCUCACGUACAAAAUCAGCACCAUGGAUAUUUCAUCGAAAUUUUGUUACAGAUCAAUAUCCACAAGAAAUAGCCGAAAUGUGUAUACGUGAAAAAAUGUUAGAAUAUUUACCAGAAGAAAUUCCUUACAGUUAUCUUAUGACAAAUGAACGAUGGGAAUUAGAUGAGAAUGAUGUUCUCAAUAUGACAUUUCUAAUAUAUCCUCGAGCUAAACAGUUGAAACGUGAUGUUAGUGUAUUAUUAAAAAAUCAUGGUGAAGCAAUUAAAUUAAUCAGUAUUGAAGCUGAAAAAUCUCUAACAACAACAUUUCGUUGUGAAAUUAAAUUAAAACUAAUUAUGACUGAAGAAGAUAUUGAUAUCUAUUAUAAAACUAUACUUAAUCUCAUAUCUUUGGCUGGCAAAGUUGUAUGUGAAGGUUUUUCAAUAACAAAACGAGUUGAAACUAAAGAUGGUGCAGCUGAUCUUGUUACUGAAUUUGAUCAACGUGUUGAAGAAAUUUUAAUAAAAAACUUACAAGAAAAAUUUCCUACACAUAAAUUUAUUGGAGAAGAAUCUACUGCAAUUGGAAUUAAAACAACAUUUAGUGAUGAUCCAACAUGGAUUAUUGAUCCAAUUGACGGGACAACUAAUUUUGUACAUGGUUUACCAUUUGUUACUAUUUCUGUUGCACUUGCUAUUAAUAAACAAGUAGUUCUUGGUGUAAUUUAUAAUCCGAUUAUGAAUGAUCUUUAUUCCGCUAUUCAUGGCAAAGGAGCAUUUAAAAAUGGUCGACCUAUUAAAUGUUCUAAACAAACAAAUCUUGCUUUAUCUCAAAUACUUGGUGAAUAUGGUUCAAGUCGAGAUGCUAAUAUUCUCAAUGUGAAGUGUAAAAAUUUUCAAGUUAUUAUAGCAAAAGUUCAUAGUAUUCGAGCACUUGGUAGUGCAGCUAUGAAUUUAUGUUUAGUAGCUGAAGGUGCUUGUGAUGCUUAUUUCGAAUAUGGUGUGCAUAUUUGGGAUUAUGCUGCUGGUGAUUUAAUAGCUCGAGAAGCUGGUGCUUAUACAUGCGAUCCAUCAGCUACUGCUCAAACAUUGAUUAUUAUUCUUGGUUCAGUUGGUGGUGUUGUUUUAAUUGCUGUAUUGAUUAUUAUAUGGUGUAUUUGCAGAAAAUGUAAACAACGUUCAAUAAUAUCAGAAAUGAAAAAAGAUCAGGCACAUGAUCAACGAAUGGAAGAACGACGAGCUGCAGCUGAAGUUCGAUCAACUGAACGACAUCAAGCAGCUGAUCAACUUCGUAUGAAAUAUGUUCGUCUCAUUAUUAAACAAUGUCAUAAUCAAUGGCGUUCAUCUUUAUUUCGUACUGUUGUUGUUAUUAAUCAACGACAAUUAGCAACAACAGCAGGAAAAGAAAAAAAAGCCUCUAAAUCACAGGAAAAUCAGACUCUUGUUCAAUCGACAACAGAUAAUCAAAUUGAAGUAGCAACAUUUAAAGAAAAAGCUCAACAAGCUGCUAAAGACACUGGUUAUUCUCUUAUUGUUAUUGCUGGUCUUGCAACAUUAGGUGGUUUAUGUUAUUUAGUUUUACAUGAACUCUAUUCAAGAGAAACACCAAAUGGAAUUUAUAAAGAAGCAUCAAAAAUGUGUUUAGCUAAUACUGAAGUACAAGAUGCAUUAGGUACACCUAUUCUCGUUCAUACAACACCACAAAUCGGGUCCAUGCGUAUUAAUAAUGUUCGUGCCAAAAUGUUUGACGAAAAAGGUCAUCGAGGUAUGACACUUACAUUUUAUUUAACGGGUAAAGAACGAUCUGGUGUUGUUGGUGUUAAUGUUCAAAAGAAUAUAUCAAAUAAAUUUGUCUAUGAUUAUAUUCUUGUUCAACUUGAUCGACCAUGGCGUGGUCGAAAUAUAAUUCAAGUACAUCAAAAUAUUGAUGCAUCAAAAGUAACACCUCAAACAAUAGAUUUUUGA